GAAAAAGAGAGAAAAGAGGAUUAUUAGUGCAGGCGUGCAGAGGAUACUAGCCUGCGUAUCGUAUACGAGACAGUGUAUCUACACGAACCGGCGUGUUUCAUCGUAAAGCAGCGUAUAACUUUCAUACGGAUCUCUACACGAAUUGAGUGCACCGCUCGGUUGAUUAGUUAGAGACAACUCGAAAGAUUGAGCCGAGCGAAGGGGGAUCCUCCGAACAUGUCGCUGCUCAGCGUAACGGUGAAGAAGGCGCGGUUCAUCUGCGAGGAUGCGGAUCAGUUCAACUCCUACGUAACGUUAAAGCUGCAAAACGUGAAGUCAACGACAGUUACUGUGAAAGGGGCCAAUCCAUGCUGGGAACAAGACUUUCUCUUCGAAACGAAUGACAUGAAUGCCGGGCUCGUGGUGGAGGUAUGGUGCAAGGGAUUCUUGUGGGACCGCUUUCUGGGCUACUACUACAUUCCACUAUCAGAAGUGUCCUACAUGAACGAGGUAACGAGAAAUCAGUGCAACUUAAGUCGUACGGCAGAAGUACAGGAUCGACAAUCCGAACAGUCCGAUAUGUGUGACACCAACAGUAACACACAGCCAGACAUCAUUACUGACACGGAAACUACCGGACAGUGGGUCAGUCUCGGCCUGGAACUGGAGCAGAGGGGCAACGACAUCAUCGGCACGAAGAAACCGACGGGCCACUCGCUUCUGAUCGACUGCCGGCUGGAGCUGCCAUAUGACGCCGAGAACGCGGAUGCGGCCGAUCUGCAGAGGAAGCUGGAAAUGCUGAACAACAUGAUGGACCAGGAGGCGCGGGCCGAACAGGCACGAAGGCAGAUAUUGUACAAUAUAGGCCACUCGGGAUACUCGGAGGACUCUGACUACACGUCGGAUUUGAAUUAUCCAGUAGGUGGGCAGGGUGCGAACAGUUCGGCCUCGCAGUUUCGUACGGCGGCUAACCAGUUGGCUACACCUCAAAGGUCCCUCGAAACAUCGAGAGAAAAUAGUUACGAGAGAGAUGAUCAUCAGAUUCCAGUCACCGUCGGAGGAAGGUUAGCACCUAGUAACUACGGAAGUUACGGAGGUUCAGGCCAUAGUCCGAGGUACGAUGAGCCAUAUCCAGAAGAUGGUCUACCGCAGCGGUACUUGCAGACCCAGCAGCAUCCUUCAGAGUCUUCCGAGCCACUCUUCUAUAACAGUAGACCGAAGCACUACAAGGAAUACAGACGACGGAAGCACACGUGGGAUUACGAGGACAGCCAAGACGGCUGGUACAGCGAGGGUACAUAUGAUUACCAUGGCACGAGGAUCGAUGAUACGAGAAUUUAUAGCGAUACUGAAUAUUAUUCAAACAACACGACGACUACCACAAGAAGAUCGAAAGGAAAAGCAAUUCCGUAUAGAAGACCGUCUCUGGAGAGACAGAUGACCUUAUACGACGAUCAUUCGUAUUACGCUGAUGGAUAUAGCAGCGAUGGUAGAGUGGGUAAAAUGAGCGCCACGUAUCCGGAAUGUGAAACGGAUAUUAGGUAUAACGAAUACUACGACACCAUAACGGGAUACGUCUAUCAGGAUGAAAGAUAUGGUCAAGACGACGAGGACAGGCAGUGGGACAGUGGAGGGAAACGAUUCUUGGGAACAAAUACAUAUUAUGAAAAUAAACGAAACAGAAAGACGCUUCCGCAAAGGCCGGCUUCGAGCAUCGGUAUACACCGGCCGGAUUACAGACCCACUGUUACCAGACAGCGUAGUUACGAAUCGGAAGAGCUCGAUUAUAACGGAUAUAAUACUCGUCGCCGGAAGAUCUUGCAGCCGCAGCAACGUCCGAUGUCGCGGCAGGAGGGCGGCACCGGUAAGAAACUACCUCCGACCCCGACCAAGCCGAGCAACGUGGUGAUCAGCCGUAAGCUCGCCUCUCUGCCCGCUACGCCGAGCAGACAACUGCCAAAGACCAGAACGCCCUCCGAGGAGAGCUAUUAUAAAUCCGAUUAUAACGAGGACUAUAAUUACGCUUAUCGUAGUCAGGACAAUCUGCCGCAGGACACAUAUACGGAGAACAUUUACAGCCAGCAGCAGAGUGGCCAGACGGACUCCGCUAACAAGACUCGAUAUCCCGAGAUAAAUCAAGAUAAUCAGUAUGAUUAUACAACGCAGGUCGAUGGCCAAUACGGUCAGUCGUAUCCAGAGCAACAUACGCAAAAUAGCUAUGAGCAGCCGGCGUAUGCGCAACAGAACUCGUACAAGGACGAGUACCAACAACCUUACGCGCAGCAAAAUACUCAGGCGUAUCAGGGAGCGUAUCUGGACACGACAUAUCCAAUUGCCAGUCAGGCGAACGAUCACCAGUACGCGAAUCCGGCGAAGAAUCAGUACGACAAGCCCGACGGUAUGAUAAUCGAGGACAAUUUUCACGAGAUGGGCUUUAAUCAGAAUAACGUUCAGUAUCAGCAGUCGGAUUACAAACAACAGGACGUUUAUCAGGAGCAAUACGAUGAUUACAGUACCGUGCCGACGAGCGUUUACGAUCAAAAUAACGUCACGAACACUUAUAAUCAAUAUCAGCCGCAGCAGUAUGACUCUCAGUACAAUAUUAAUACGUCGACCGAUUAUCAGAAAACUUAUCAAGAGACAUAUAAUCAAGUGCCUGUUACAUCGCAGGAUAAUUAUCAAGAAUCCUAUACAAAGCAGUCGCAGGAAGAUUUCGUAGAUUAUCAAACGCCGUACAGUAAGCAGAAUGACGUGCCUACGACAUAUAAAAAUAAUUAUCAGGAAACUUAUCAAGAUUAUCAAGAGUCAUAUGAUGAAUAUCCAGAUUCGUAUCAAGGAUCUUUCGAGGAGCAGCGUUAUAAAAAUGAUUCGGUGACAGCGACGGACAGAAGACAGAGCGAAGUGCCUGAACUAUCCGUGACUACGCCACGAGGUCAAACGAGAACGAAUGGUUAUCCGUCGAGUGAAUCAGAAUAUCUCUAUCAGUCUCAAGAGAAUGAACUCGAGAACAGUUCGAGAAGAAAGAAGAUCGGCGGUAAGCGUGAAGUCAGCCCGCUUCUCCAGCAGAAUACGGACUCGCUCGAAUCGAGGGACGACGAGCUGAAGGAUUCGUUCGAGACCGCCGUGAGUUCUGUCGGUAGCAAUCAACUCAAGAAGGCAUACAGCGAGUACUCGACAGCAGGUGAAUCGAGUCCCGCGCCCGUUACUUUGGUGGAGUCUCCUCAGAACAUCGCUCAAUCACAGGCGACAACGAUGGUCAAUCAUGUGACGGCCAAUCACGUAACCACCACCGCGAUGGUCCACACCACCACGAAUAUCGUGAACGGAAAACGACCAUUGGCCAGAACAGAUUCCUAUCAGGAGGAUGUUAUCGAGGACGAAGACUAUCCGGAGAUUAUUCCCAAGGAAAUGCAGAGGAAGGAUUCGCAGCUGUCGCAUCAAAGUCAGCAUUCUCAGUCAACGCUCUCGCAGAAACCGAAACUCACGAGAGGGGACUCUUACGUCUCGGAUAACUACACCGAGGAUUCUUAUAGUCAUACAGGAUCGUACGCUCAACUGCAAAGAAAGGAUUCCUUCUCGUCGACCACUGAAGGAUUCAAACCGCCUCUCACCAGAACUGAUUCGUAUCAGCAGAGAGAUCUACGAGGUAGCAAUUACGGGCAUAACUUUACGCCACAGCCCAUUUCCCGAGCGGAGAGCUAUCAACGUGGUCACUUCAAGGAUCAGGAGUCGCUAGAUCAAAGCGACAUCGUUCUGAGCAACGCGGUGAACGGUGACUAUCAAAUGCGGGACGAGUCUCUUGAGAGGUACGACCGGGAUGAGGAAGAAGCCUUGCGUCGUAACUCUCGAGAGGACUCACUGGUCGAUCAGUACAAAGGGACUCCGCCGUUGUCACAUAUCGAAAGCCCGCGCGGGAGUAUAAUAAAGCAGGCGUCGUUGGAUGAAAGUGUUCAGAUGGACACUCCGCCGAGAAGUCCGCCAGAGCCGCCAGCCGACGAGGAGCUUCUCGGGAUGGUCGCACCGGUACCCACGCAACUGAAGGAACGCCCAGAGAUGACGGCGAGGCAGAGAUGGCAUUGGGCGUACAAUCAGAUCAUCAUGCAGCUAAACGUGAGUAUUAUAAUUAUGUCAAUUGCCCCGAUAAUUGUAUUGAUGCGACAUGCGACACUGCUGAUUGCGACAGGCAGCAUGGAAAAUGCAUCCUGCAGAAAAAUGCAAUUACACAGCACAGAGCUGUAA